AUGUCAGAAGAGGAUGAAAACUUGCAUCGUUUGGCGGGAUCUUCAGGCGAUGCUCCGGGCGGGCUUAUAAUCAAAAAGAAGGAUCCUCCGGCAGAGUUUCAGUUUGCUAAACCCUCUUUAUUAGGGCUGGAUAAGCUGGCAGCAGCCAAACGCAAGCAAAACCGGCUAAUAUCGUUCCAAGACGAUACAAAUGAGGAUGACGGCGAGGACAGUAAAUCCGAGGCCAGCAGUUCAAAAGAACGUAAAUACAGAAAGCAUAAUGAAGAAACACCGACUUACACUGGCGGUAUAUCAGAGCAGGCACGAGAACGCAUGCUUGAGAGGCUGCAGAAAAGAGAAAAGGAAGCAAAAGAGAAAGGUGUACAUUAUUCAACACAAGAAGAGAAAAAGUCACGGUCUAAGGAUGAUGAGGAUGAUCGUUACUACAAAUACCGCUAUGAUAGGAGAGACCGUGAUCGUGAUCGUCGAAGGGAUGAUAGGAGAGAUGACAGGAGGGAUAGAGACCGUGAUAAGGACAGACGGAAAGAUGGAAGGGACUCAGAACGGAGUUAUAGGGACAGUGAGAGAAGGGGUGAAAGUUCUAGGAGAAGUUACUAUGAACCUAGGUUUAAAGAUGAGCCUAGGACUCCUAGCAUGAAAGUCUUAAAACCGACUGACAAGACAGCCUGGGAUGAUGAUGACGAUGAUCCCAAGGCUCCCCUGCGUAAGUCCAGUUGGGACUUCCCAACACCACUGACUCGUGAUGGUGGUGACCGGUCACAGAGGAGUGAGAGGAGUGGAAGGCCACUCCGAGAUUACAAGGGAAGAUUGUAUGAGAAUACACCAAGAGCUACACCUCAUAAAUUCGCCAGUUCGAGGCGAGGAGUGGAUAUUGAUGACCCGGAGUGGGAGGAGGCUGAGAAGAAACUGGACCGAGCUUGGUACAAUAUGGGCGAAGGUGAAGCAGACGAAUCAGAUCCCUUCGCCGGUACAUCAGCCGACUACGUAGCUCGCAAGGAGGAACAAAUAGAGAAACGUAGAAACAGGAAAGUGUCCGCGCAGAGACAACAGAUAGACAAGGACAACGAACUGUGGGAGCGAAACAGAAUGCUUACCAGUGGAGUUGUACACGCUAUCAAUGUUAAUAAUGAUUUGGAUGAGGAGAACGUUGACCGCGUGCAUCUAUUGGUCCACAACAUAGUUCCUCCAUUCCUCGACGGCAGAAUCGUUUUCACCAAACAACCUGAGCCAGUCAUACCUGUGAAAGAUCCGACGUCAGAUAUGGCGAUGAACGCUCGUAAGGGCUCGGCUCUCGUGAAAGCGUUCAGGGAACAGAAGGAAAGAAGAAAGGCGCAGAAGAAACAUUGGAAGCUAGAGGGAACUAAAAUUGGUAACAUCAUGGGUAUUCAGAAAAAGGAGGAGGAAAUGGAGGAUGGUCCGACAAAGGAUGCAUACAAGUACGCUGAACACAUGGACAAAGAUGCUCCAGAAGUAGAAUCGAAGUCAGAUUUCGUAAAGAAGAUGACAAUAGCUGAGCAGAGACGGUUCCUGCCUGUGUUCGCAGUCAGGGAGGAGCUCAUGCAGGUCAUCAGGGAAAACAGUGUCGUCAUCAUUGUCGGUCGGCAAACGAUCAAACUUAUAACCUGA